CUGGCAGGGACUAAGUUCUAAGUUAAAAGUUGUUUGUUUCUUCUCUCAACAUUCAAAAUCAAACCAUACAAAAAAAAAACUUAACGAACUCUUCAAUUUCCAGCGAGAAACCGGUGUCACUUGUAUCCCUUGUGAGAGUUGGCGACUGAAUCAGCAUCCAUGGUCGAGUUGGGUUCCACCUCAUCUCCGCCGCGUCCGGUGACUGUCAACGGUGCUGACGAGGACGCGGCGCUGGCGAAGUCGCGGUUUCUGACUCGGAAGGAGGUUCUCCAGCGGCGGCUCCGGCGAGUGAGGCAGCUGACGCGGUGCUACCGGACCCACUAUUGGGCCCUAAUGGAGGAACUGAGGUCCAAGUACAGAAACUACAGUUGGACCUAUGGGAAGAGCCCUUUCAAGGAGGAUCACAACAACGAGGGUGACAAUAACAAUCCAAACGGCGUCGUCACUGGCGUCGGUGGCGGCGACGAUAUCGUGCGGUGUCGUUUCAGCGGCUGCAAGACUAAGGCCAUGGCUAUGACGAUAUACUGUCACGCUCAUAUACUGUCCGAUUCCAAACAGAAGCUAUAUCAGGGAUGCAAAGCUGUUGCGAAGAAUUUGCCAGCAGGGCCUUCAUUUUGUAAUAAACCAGUAUUGAAAUCGGUGGUUCCUGCUGCAUGCCCAACUCAUCUUCAAUUUGGUGAAAGGUGUUUAGCUCGUGCGUUAAGAAGGGCUGGGUUAGGGAAUGCUAUCCCUAAUAAUCGUAAGCCUACAGUGAAGUUUCAUCUAGUGGUUUCUGAAUUUGUCCACCAAAUUCAAAAGAAAAGAAAGCUUGCAUUGAAGGAAACUGCUCUCAAAGUUGAGACUGAAUAAAAAACUAAACUAAUCUGCAGAUUAUAGAAAAUAUAAUAUCACAUUCCUAAAGAUUUUUCUGUGUAUAGAAUGAAUAUUCUCGAUUCUUAAACAUAGGAUUAUGUUUAAAAGCUGAAGCAUUUAGUGCCAAAAAAAUCCAGGAUUCUACACAAGUAUGUUUGUAAAAUUUUCUGGCCUUGUUUAUCAUUUAGUCCUAUUCGAUGAGCAGCAUCAUAGAAUAUUCAACUGUUGUUUCUUCUUCUCAUAAAAUAACAUAAUUUUUGCUUGUUCUU